CUAUUUUUAAUUUUAAAUGUGUUUUGAAGAAGCAUAAGAAGAUAAAGGAUUAGAGAAAUUUUUGAAAUUGGCUACAAAAUAGUAAAAAAUUUAAGUAUAUUUAGUUAUGAGACUAAGUAUGGAACUCCAUAAAAAAAUUUGAGGGAAAAGGCAAUGACUUUAUGGUUGGAUUUACCAUCAUUUAAGGAUAAAAUGAUAGCAAUGGAAUUUAUGUAAAAGAAGAUAAACAAGAUUGAAUCUUCAUAAACAAAAAUCACUAAAUUUUUUAAAUCAUAUUAAAAACCUUCAACAAAGAAGGAUCAGAAGUAGAAUGAUGUGAUUGAUGACUAAGAAAUUACAGGUCCAUUAAUAGAUAAUAAUACUCCUAAGAAGAGAGAUAGAUCACCAUAUAGUAAAUUUUAUGAAGAAACUUAUUGGAAACUAAAAUUAGAGUAUGAAUCUUUGAAUUAAAAAGAGAUUAGAGAAAUGGUAAAAAGAAAAUGGGAAAGCAAUAGAAAGUUAAUUUAAUAUAAUUGA